AUGGACCCCUUCUUCAUUAGGCGCCGCGGCAAACCUGGAAAGUCGUCCGGGGGGAAAGAUCAUGGUCUUGAGCCAAUGCCAGCCGACCGGGUACAACGUUUCGUCCAGCCGCCCAGCGAGUUGGAGGCGUAUAUCUUCAGUCGAUAUCGGUCCAACAAUGGGUUCAACAGCCCUCUUAACGGCCGUUUCAACAAAAGAGACCGAUUCUCAGCGCAAGCGGAAUACUACGAGUUGCUGACGGAAGCAUAUGGUGACGCUGAAGAGUGGGAGAAAGUCUACGCUGAUCAGUGGGCCAAGCUCUUCAAACCGCCUCGCCUCCAUGGAGUGGGCGAACGCCGCAAUAUGAGGGGAAUGUUUGAUGAUGAUGAUGACGAUGAUGACGAUGACGACGACGAUUGUUAUGGCAAUGUAGAACGUGGAAUGCCUCAAGGGAUAGGCGAGCCAGUGGAUGGAGCUGGAGGUUUUGGAGGUGGGGCUGGUAUGCGUGUACCUGGUGGUAUGGGCCCUGACGUUCCCGGUGUGGGCUUUGGUGCUGGCUUCGGCGGUGCCAAGAGGCGUGGGCGUCGAUAG